AGCAAUACCUACACACAUCUUUUCUCCUUGUUCAACACAGAUUUCAGGCAUCGCGGCAUGGCUUCUCACAGGAGAAAUUGCGUCGUUCCCGUGUUGCUGCUGCUGGUCGCUGUCGUCCUCGACAUACCAUGCAAUGGAGUGGCUGCUGCUGCGUCUCGGCGCAUGCUGGAGAUGCCGGAGCUUCCCAAGCCUGCAGAAUUGCCUCCGCUCCCCAAGGUCGAGCUUCCUCCUCUGCCCAAGCCUGAGGUUCCAGAGUUGCCCAAACCCGAAAUCCCCAAGCCUGUUGUUCCUGAGGUGCCGAAACCUGAACUUCCUAAGCCUCAGGUUCCAGAGUUGCCGAAACCUGAGCUCCCUAAGCUUGAAACUCCGGAACUGCCGAAGCCCGAAAUCCCUAAACCUGAAGUUCCUGAGGUCCCGAAACCUGAAAUCCCAAAGCCCCAAGUUCCCGAGCUUCCAAAGCCUCAAGUUCCAGAGCUGCCAAAACCUGAAACUCCUAAGCCUGUAGUUCCAGAGUUGCCGAAACCUGAAAUGCCGAAGCCCCAAGUUCCAGAAGUGCCCAAACCUGAGGUCCCAGCCUUGCCGAAACCUGAAUUCCCAGCUUUCCCAAAACCUGAGGUGCCAGAGCUGCCGAAAGUGCCAGAGAUUCCAAAACCUGAACUCCUAAAAGUACCAGAAUUCCCCCAUCUGCCUGACCUUCCGAAACCCAUUACUCCUUGAAUCUUUAUGGACUUUGUCAUAUACUAGUUCUUGUGCCUCAUGAAGCAGCAUCUCCGUUUGUUUGGUUAUUUUUGUGUUUCCGUUUUGUUUUUCUUUAAUGGUUUUGUACUCAUUUAUACUUGUGUGAUUAUUGUACUUCAUCAUGUAUCCGAUAUGAUUGAUAUAUUGAGAUGAACAUUAUUCUAUUUUUAAUUAUGAUUUUCUUGUCACUUUAGUUAGAUAAGAUUCAUGGUUAGACUUGUCAUUCUAGUGUCAAUUAACCAAUAAAAUUGUAUCCAUAUC